AUGCGGGGGAUAUUUGAAUCCAUCGAAAGUGGCCCAUCUGGUGCUGAAGAACUUGCCUUUAAGUUUGCUUUAAAUACAAUCAACAGGAACAGAACUUUACUGCCAAACACCACACUCACAUACGACAUCCAAAGGAUAAACAUCCACGACAGCUUUGAGGCCUCCAGAAAAGCUUGUGACCAGCUCUCUCUGGGUGUGGCGGCCAUCUUCGGUCCCUCCCACAGUUCUUCGGCCAACGCGGUGCAGUCCAUCUGUAACGCUCUGGGGGUGCCGCACAUCCAGACCAAGUGGAAGCACCAAGUGUCAGACAACCGUGACUCCUUCUACGUCAGCCUUUACCCAGACUUCUCCUCCCUCAGCAGAGCCAUUUUAGACUUGGUUCACUUCUUCAAGUGGAAAACGGUCACUGUGGUUUACGAUGACAGCACAGGUCUGAUUCGAUUACAGGAGCUCAUCAAGGCUCCAUCUCGUUACAACAUCCGAUUAAAAAUCCGGCAGCUACCAGCAGAAACAAAAGAUGCCAAGCCCCUUCUUAAAGAAAUGAAACGAGGAAAAGAGUUUCAUGUGAUCUUUGACUGCGGUCAUGAAAUGGCAGCCGGCAUCCUUAAGCAGGCUCUUGCCAUGGGAAUGAUGACAGAGUAUUACCACUACAUUUUUACUACCCUGGAUCUCUUCGCAUUGGAUGUGGAGCCCUAUCGCUACAGCGGGGUCAACAUGACAGGAUUCCGUAUCCUAAACACAGAGAACAGCCAGGUGUCCUCCAUUAUUGAAAAGUGGUCCAUGGAGCGUCUGCAGGCACCUCCCAAACCAGACUCUGGCCUGCUGGAUGGUUUCAUGACAACAGAUGCUGCCCUGAUGUAUGACGCGGUACAUGUGGUAGCCGUGGCCGUCCAGCAGUCUCCUCAAAUCACUGUCAGUUCGCUCCAGUGUAACCGCCACAAGCCCUGGCGCUUCGGCAACCGCUUCAUGACACUCAUCAAGGAGGCCCACUGGGACGGGUUGACUGGCCGGAUAAAUUUCAACAGGACCAAUGGCCUGAGGACAGAUUUCGAUCUGGAUGUGAUCAGCCUGAAGGAAGAGGGGCUAGAGAAGAUUGGGACAUGGGAUCCUGCGAGUGGUUUAAACAUGACGGAAAACCAGAAAGGAAAAGCAGCCAAUGUGACGGAUUCUCUCUCCAACAGAUCACUGGUGGUGUCCACUAUACUGGAAGAGCCUUACGUGAUGUUUAAGAAGUCGGAUAAGCCGCUAUACGGCAACGAUCGUUUCGAGGGCUACUGCAUCGACCUGCUGCGAGAGCUGGCUGCCAUCCUGGGCUUCACCUACGAGGUGCGACUGGUGGAGGAUGGCAAGUACGGAGCGCAGGAAGAGAGCACAGGACAAUGGAAUGGCAUGGUCCGAGAACUGAUGGACCAUAAAGCUGAUCUUGCAGUGGCGCCCCUGGCCAUCACGUACGUGCGGGAGAAGGUCAUCGACUUUUCCAAACCCUUCAUGACGCUGGGGAUAAGUAUACUGUACCGCAAACCCAACGGCACCAACCCGGGGGUGUUCUCCUUUCUCAACCCCCUGUCCCCCGACAUCUGGAUGUAUAUUCUGCUCGCUUACUUGGGUGUCAGUUGUGUGCUGUUUGUCAUAGCCAGGUUUAGCCCCUACGAAUGGUAUAACCCCCACCCGUGCAACCCCGACUCGGACGUGGUGGAAAACAAUUUCACCCUGCUAAAUAGUUUCUGGUUCGGAGUUGGAGCUCUCAUGCAGCAAGGAUCUGAGCUCAUGCCCAAAGCCCUCUCCACCAGGAUAGUAGGAGGCAUCUGGUGGUUUUUUACCCUAAUCAUCAUCUCCUCCUACACGGCCAACCUAGCCGCCUUUCUUACCGUGGAGAGAAUGGAAUCUCCAAUUGACUCGGCUGAUGACCUGGCCAAGCAGACCAAAAUUGAGUAUGGAGUGGUGGAGGAUGGCGCUACAAUGACCUUCUUUAAGAAAACAAAGAUCUCCACGUAUGAUAAGAUGUGGGAGUUCAUGAGCAGUCGAAGACAUUCGGUCAUGGUGAAGAGCAUCGAGGAAGGAAUCGAACGCGUGCUCACCUCCGAUUAUGCUUUCCUUAUGGAGUCCACCACCAUCGAAUUUGUCACUCAGCGCAACUGCAACCUCACACAGAUCGGAGGCCUCAUAGACUCCAAGGCCUACGGGGUCGGCACCCCAAUGGGGUCCCCGUACCGAGAUAAGAUCACCAUUGCAAUCCUGCAGUUACAAGAAGAAGGAAAGCUGCACAUGAUGAAGGAGAAGUGGUGGCGAGGAAACGGCUGUCCUGAGGAGGAAAAUAAAGAGGCCAGUGCGCUGGGCGUCCAGAACAUCGGUGGCAUUUUCAUAGUGUUGGCCGCGGGACUCGUCCUCUCUGUAUUUGUGGCAGUUGGGGAGUUUCUCUAUAAGUCCAAACAAAACGCACAGCUGGAAAAGAGAUCCUUCUGCAGCGCCAUGGUGGACGAGCUACGGGUUUCCCUCAAGUGCCAGCGCCGGCUCAAAACAAGCCGCAGCCGCCCGUCAUGGUCAAAACGGAUGAAGUCAUCAACAUGCACACCUUCAAUGACCGAAGACUGCCAGGCAAAGAGACCAUGGCUUAAAACGGACACCAGCUCGCUCUUUCUUGAGCUCGGAGAAGGAACCUUCACGGGGAGAAAUUUGGGCGGGGAGGAAGUCGGUUUUCUAUACGGGGAAGGGAUCUUAAAUGUCAUUUCAAACAAAUUAGCUACUGAAAACAACAGCAGAAACUGAAACAUAUUUCCUGUGGAAAUAACUUGAAUCUGGGCAAAAUUUUAGUUACCUCAUCGCUCCAGAUCACCACCAGAGCAAAGACUGACCGGUGCCAGCGUUCAGGGUAACUUUUAGCAGGAAAUACUCACACACACACACAGCUAGAGGAGUGUGACGGAGGGAGGUUUGUCUGCUCAUUAUGUUCAUGUUAUUUUAGGUUUGAUGACACACUUGGCUGUUGUCCGUCCACAGAGAGCAGCUGAGUCCUUUAGAGAGAACGAGGAGACGCGUCCAGACAAACGCAGAAGCAAAAGAAGGACAGGUUUUUCACACAUACAGUACCUGUGCUACUUUUAGGAGCAGAAUUUUAAAGUACUCGGAAACAAUCAGUUUGCAGCACUCUUUGCUGAGCGCCACAGCAAUAUCACUGAAAUCAUUCAGCGUGUUUCUCACCCACACUCAUAAGCAAUGGAAGCAGGAGAGAGCAACAGGCAAUAUACCACUUUAAUUUCUUUGCGUUUUCAGGCCCCUGCUGAGCGUCGCAAUGACUAAGGGUGAAUCUCACAAAAAUAUGUUUGACCCAAAACACAUUUCAACCCCCGAAAAUGAUGGAAUUCAUUUUUAGUAUUUGCUUCUUUUUUUUUUUUUUUUUAUAUAUAUUUCCCCCCCAGGACCAUUGAAUUUUUGUUUAUUUUAAGCAUAUUAAACACAUUGCACAAUUGAAUAUUUCCUGUCCAAAUUUACAUUACACUAAAAAAAAAUCAGUUUUUGUUCUUUAUUUACAGUGAAAAUGUCUAAGCACUCUUAAGAUAAGAUACCUUUAUUGGAGAACAUGAGACUUUUUUUUUUUUUUUUUUUUUU